GACAGACAAACAAACAGACAAACAGGGGUGAAAACAUAACCUCCUUGGCGGAGGUAACCAGAAAAAACUUUUCUGCAUUAACUUGUUUGCAUUUUUCAUUAGGCCUAACAACAGUGUUUAUUGCAAAGAAAUGUUUUUUACUGCAAAAUACCUAUUACGCUGACAGUUUGAAUUGCGAUACAGAUCAAUUUGGUUUCAUAUCUUACCCAAUACAUUUAUUCACAGGCUGCUACAUUAUUUCAUUUAUUCAUCUUAUUCAUUUUUUCUGGUAUACAGAUUUCGAAGGGAUCCACAGGGUACCCGGUGUACCGGUAGUCUGGGAUCGACUCCAAACUAACAAACAUAUAUCAGUCGAUCUUUGGGUUUAAAACAUCAAGGCCUAUAGGCCUACUGUGCGAGUUCUUUUCAAUGUGAAAUUUAAUUUCAUUAAAAUUAAAAUGUGUGCCUUUAAGUACGAACACAAUCGAUUCUUUAAAUUGGGUAAAUUAAAAUACUUUACGUCUGGAUAAUUCAUUUAUCAUUAUUUCAUAGAUUACUAGAAUUGUAAAUUUGCAAUUUUUUUUUAUCCCAUAUGCCUCCUUCAUAGGCCUACAGGUGUCUCGUCAUUAUUAUCCAUUUUUUAAUCAGUGAGAAAUCUGUACGUACAUGUUCUUUUUAACCAAAACAUUUUACAUCUCAUUUCACGCAUAAAGACCGAAAAACAGAAAUAUACCAUGGCUCACUACGAAAAAGGAAUGAAAGAUGUUCCAGGUGAAGAUAUUCACGCGUACAACACAAAUUAUUCGGCGCACCGAGAAGGCAUCGCACCCGAAGAAAUGGUUGAAAUUUACAACAAGUGGGGAGAAAACUAUGAAAAGGAUUUUGCCGGGCGCUACAAUGGACCAGUUAUAGCAGCAACUUCGUUGGCGGAGCACUUCGAGAAAGGCAGGCGUGAUGCGUACGUCUUGGACGUCGCGGCAGGGACUGGUAUGGUUGGCGAACAAUUGCAUCAUAGAGGUUUUACUGCCAUCGACGGUCUAGAUCCUUCCAAGACAUUACUGAACAUAGCAGAAAGGAAAAAUAUUUAUGGGCGGUUAAUUAAUAGCUUCAUUACCUCUGAACCCACUGCCAGUAUUGAAGAAGACACGUACGAUGCCAUUGUAAUUUCGGGCGGAAUGGGAGAAGGGCAUAUAAAAUGUUCAGCUCUAAAUGAAAUGAUUCGAAUAGUGAAAAAAGGAGGUCUUAUUUGUAUCGUCAUGAGAGAAGAAUACCUUGAUUAUGUAGAGGAAUAUAAAAACCUGGAGCCAUAUAUGAAGCAGCUUGAAAUAGAGGGAAAGUGGGAAAAGAUGGAGCGCAAAGUAGUACCAAAUUACUCAUUCCAAAAAAAUGGGAUAGUCUUUACUUACAAGGUGCUGUAGAUAUUCAUUCCAAAAUCAU